AAAAUUUCUGGCAGGAGUCACACUUUUGGAAGCUACAUAUACAACCACCAUUCUGGGCCUCAAUUGUUCUGGAAACGUACCCUUUGCCCUCUCUGAAUCGUUGUGCCAAAAAUCCCGGUGCAAUUACAAGGCAAGAGUACCCAUCCGCCUUCCCAGCACCCACCGCAUCGUCAAAACCACUUGCAAAGAGAGAGCCUUGAACCACCUCAGCUCACGCAUUUGACGUCGGCAAGAUGUGUGGGAUCGUGGGCUGUCAUCAUGUCCCAGACGCAAAGGCAUUCAAGCCUACGGCUUUGAAAAUGGUGAAGCAAUGCAGGCAUCGUGGGCCAGAUUGGUCCGGAAGUUAUAUGGCCAACAGUACAAUUCUUGCCCACGAGCGUCUGAGUAUUGUUGGUGUUGACAGUGGAGCCCAACCUCUUACCAACAAGGAUGAGAGCAUUGCUCUUGCUGUCAAUGGUGAAAUCUACAACCACAGGGUCAUUCGAAAAACCUUGAAGACACCGUACCACUUCAAGACUCACUCCGAUUGUGAGGUCAUAAUACCACUGUAUAUGGAAUACGAUAUCGAUGUGCCGAAGUACCUCGAUGGCAUGUUCUCCUUCGUCCUCUACGACAAGACCCAGGAUCGAACAAUUGCAGCACGCGACCCAAUUGGAAUCACAAGCUUUUACCAAGGAUGGUCGAGCAAGAUGCCAGGAGCUGUCUUCUUCGCAUCAGAGCUGAAGUGUCUGCAUACCGUCUGCGACAAGAUCAUCUCGUUCCCUCCCGGCCAUAUCUACGACUCGAAAACGGAUAAGAUGACAAGGUAUUAUCAGCCGAAGUGGUGGGACCCCACCAACGUGCCUACUGCCCCUGUCGACUACAAGCUUUUGCGAGAAACAUUCGAGAAGUCGGUUCGCAAACGGUUGAUGGCUGAGGUUCCAUAUGGUGUGCUUUUGUCUGGAGGUUUGGACUCGAGUUUGGUUGCUUCAAUUGCUCAACGAGAAACCUUGCGCUUGAAGGCUGUUGCUUUGGCUCAAAUGGAGAGUACCAACGGGGAGGCGAAAGAGACGGAAGACAACGAGGAUAAAGGAGAGGGUCUUGUUGGUAUUGACGACGAGAACAAGUUGUCAACAUUGACAUACUUGCCUCAACUCAACUCAUUUUCCAUUGGUCUCCCCAACGCCCCGGAUACCAAGGCCGCAAAAGAAGUUGCAAAAUUCUUGGGUACCAAGCACCACGACAUGACUUUCACUAUCGAGGAGGGGUUGAACGCCCUGACAGAUGUCAUCUAUCACUUGGAAACAUUUGAUGUAACAACUAUCCGUGCCUCGACCCCCAUGUUCUUGCUCUCGAGAAAGAUCAAGGCUAUGGGUGUGAAGAUGGUUUUGUCUGGCGAGGGGAGUGAUGAGAUUUUUGGGGGCUACCUCUAUUUCCAUGCUGCUCCUGACAAGGAGGCUUUCCAUACCGAGUGUGUCCGCAGAGUUCAGAAUCUGCACCUGUCAGAUUGUUUGAGAGCUAAUAAGUCGACUUCGGCUUGGGGACUUGAGGCCCGUGUUCCAUUCUUGGACAAAGAGUUCUUGGAUGUUGCAAUGAACAUCGAUCCAGCUGACAAGCUGAUCACCAAGGAGAGGAUUGAGAAAUAUAUUAUCCGCAAGGCCUUCGACACCUCAGAUGAGCCAGGAGCGAAGCCGUAUCUGCCAGACCACAUUCUUUACCGACAAAAGGAGCAAUUCAGCGAUGGUGUUGGUUAUGGGUGGAUUGAUGCAUUGAAGGACAACGCCGAGCUGCAUGUGACUGAUGAGAUGAUGAAGAAACCAAAGCCGGAAUGGGGAACUGAUAUUCCAGAUACCAAGGAAGCAUACUGGUACCGAUUGAUGUUUGACGAGCACUUCCCACCGUACUGUGCGGAGACUGUGAUGCGAUGGACGCCGAAAUGGUCGAAGCAGACCGACCCCAGUGGAAGGGCCAUCUCUAUUCACGCACAGAAAUACAAGAACACGGAAUGAUCGAAUUCUUCUCCAUAUGAGCAAAUCUGUCAGGUUUCAGUCGUCGAGUCGGGGUUUUUACUUUGAUAGGUGCUUCAUUGGUCGCUUUUUCUCGAAACAAACGUGGCGUUACAUAGAUGGAUGCGAAUACCUGCAAAUAGACUUGUUCUUCCACAAUAGACCUCGUCCAUCUC